UGUACAAAUAGGAAGUUUUACUUUGACUCUGACUUCAAGGGGCCAAUGAUGCCGAAUUGCCACAGAGUUUUAGCUUGCUAAAGGCAUGCCUAGACUUUCCCUGUAUAUACUACUCAAGAUCGUUCUGUCAACACAAGAAUCACGACUACCGGAGUUCAUAUUAAAAAAUUCUGGUCGUUUUUCUUGUGGGCAUUCCUUAUGACAUAGCUCUACAUUAGUAUCUGGGCAAUAAGCUCCUAGGAUGAAACCGGGCCCAAGGUAAUACUAAUUAAAGAAUUCUCUAAGUUUCACUCUCUUGGGAACUGGUUGAAACUAAAAUGAUAUUGGUUGAUGAUCACAAAGAUACAAGUCACAUUAAAUACAGUAAAGAAAUCGCUAAGAAAUGUUGGGUGAUGAUCACAAAGAUACAAGUCUCAUUAAAUAAAGCAAAGAAAUCGCUGAAAAAUGUUGGUUUAUCAAUUAACCCAGGCAAAAACCCAUUCCGCAAAGUUUUACCUCAGAUUAGAAUUUCUUCCAAUUUUUCAAUGAAAAAUGGGUUAGUUGUCAACAUUUUAGAGAAUUAUAGGAUAAAAUGUGAAUUUAAACAAGUCAAACUUUCCACAGCAUACUAAACUUAGAAAAUAUCCAAAAACUCAUAUAUUUGAAUGAGACAUGUUAAUUCAAGGAACUUCAUGACCCUAAGCCAAUUGCCAUUUGGUUUUUAAGGGUAUAAAAGGUAAAUAGCUUGUCCUCUAAUUUGUGGUGCAAUUCUAGAUGUUUAUGCAGCAUGACUCAUUUGCGACAGUAUGUUGUGGGCUUGGAGGCGGCUCACUUGUGAAUGCCGCCGUUCUCAUGCCCACACCUGUGCGUGCAACGAGAGACCCGCGAUGGCCUGAUGAAUGGCGCAAAGAAUGGGAGAUAUCAGAGGCCUCGGCCUCCUCCAUGUUAAGGCCACAAAAAGUUCCAAUGGCAUUUGGAAAUGGUAGAGUGAUGGAAGAGAUUGCAGACGAGAUUGAAGAUAGCAGUCCUAGUAUGGUGAGGUUGGCCGUGAAGUUCAGCAAUGAGCCAGGCUUGCCAAGGCUGGAGAAGUGUUUGGCAUGUGGGAAUUGUCUUGCAGGGUGUCCUUACAAUGCAAAGAACUCCAUGGAUAAGAAUUAUCUAGCUUUGGCAAUUGAGGCUGGAUGUGAGGUGAGGACACAAUGCCAAGUCCAGUACGUACUGAAGAACCCGCUGAAAGAUGGAGUGCUUGGAAGUAAGCAACGUCGAUGGAGGGUUUACUUGGAUGAUAUAAACUUCGUAUUAUCAGAUUUCGUUAUUCUAUCAGCUGGAGUUUUUGGUACCACUAAAAUCUUGUUCCAAUCCCAAAGGAGAGGACUAAGAGCAUCAGAGAAGCUUGGUUGUGGGUUCAGUGGAAAUGGAAACAAUGUGGCUUAUGUAGCAGGAAGCAGAGCUCCUUUGAAUGCAUAUGGCCUCAGAAAGAACCAACUUCCAAAUAUCUCUCUCCAAGAUAGACCAGGACCAGCCAUUAGCUCUUCCUACACUUCUUCUCUAGGGUUUACAGUUCAGACAGGGGUUUUACCAACUGCUUACUCCUACCUAAUUUUUAAGGGCAUAGUAUCUUAUGGCUGGCCCCCUGGUUAUUGGUUAUUACACGGAUUAAUAGACAAGGUUAACCACUUAAUCAGCCUUAAAGCAAACCAAGCAGUAAUCUUAAACACCAUGGGUUUCGACUUAAGCAAUGGAAAAAUAACACUAGACGAAAAGACAGGCGAAAUUUCGUUCACCCCACCUGAGGACCCGCUUCUUUCCCGAAAGAUUCAAACUUUUCAGAGACUGGCCGAAAGAUUGGGAGGCGUUUUGUUCAUGUCCCGGUUCCGGAGCACGUCCGUCCAUUUGCUGGGAGGGUGCAUUGCAGCCGUUGAUUCUUCUUCCGGGGUGUGCAACCCAUCGGGCCAAGUUUUCGACACCAAAAUUCCGGGGGACAAAAUUUCGUCCACUGAAACUCAUCCUGGGCUCUAUGUGUGUGAUGGGUCUUUGGUCCCUUGCUCAGUGGGCAUAAACCCUUCUCUCACAAUAGCCAUUAUAGCAGAGCACGUCAGUAGAAGCUUAGUGAGAGAAACUCUUCAAUACAAGGCCGAAAACCCAAGAAUUGAAAGCAGUUUUUUUGAGAAAUCAGCAAAAAAGGCAGUGAAUUUCGGCAAAGUUUCGGUGGGUAUCAGUGAAACCAUGACAGGCUUUGUGGGUGGAAUGAAAUGCAUUGCUCACUUGAAAAUGGAGAUGGGUGUUGCAGAGGAUAUGGGUUUUGGAGGAGGAGAGAGGAAGUGUGGAGAAACCCAUUCUCUUUUGAAGGGAAAGGUUGGUGGAUACAUUGUGAUAAGGGCCUUAGAGAGAGAAAAUCUGUAUAUACUGGAUGGGAAAGUGGACAUGUGCAGUGUAGACUGUAGAAGUCCUUAUACACAGUAUAUGCACUACAAUUUGCUUUUAGUUUCAGCCUCUGGUUCCAGAUACAUACUUGAAGGGAAGAAGAUAAUGAAUCCAUAUUUAUUAGGUUUGUAUGCAUGGAAGGAGCUCACAAACUUGCACAUAACACUUCAAAAGAUCGCUCAAAAUGAACCCAAGUUUAGGAAUGGCAACAAUUUCGAAAAUGAAAAAGUAGAGCUCAGUGGUGAGCUUCAUGUUUCGGCGUUGGAGCUCCUCAAAAGCUUGGUAACAAUGAAAGGGAACCAGAGAGGAAGGUUUAUUUUCCUUUUGUUGCGGAGCAUUUGCAGAACUUAUAUAUUACAGAGACCAAGAGGAUGCUUAAUGGAACACAUACAGUCUCCUAAUGUGAAACAGAAACCUUACCCACCCAGUUUGCAUCAUGAUGUAAUAACAGAGGACAGGGUCACCAUAAGUUGCAGGCAAUGGAGACCCGAUGAAAAUAUUUGGAGGUGGGAUGGAGAGAGGAAACCAUAUCCAGUUCUAUUAAUCAAUGGCCACUCUACUGAGAGUUUCUGGCUUCCAACUGAACAAAGGGAUCUAGUUAGGACUUUACUAGAAAAUGGACAUGAGACCUGGUUACUGCAAACUAGGCUGCAUCCUCUCCACCCCUCAAACAACUUCACGAUCGAAGAUAUCGCCAAAUAUGAUAUACCAGCAGCUAUUGACAAAAUAUGUGAGAUCCAUGGACAAGCGCAAAAGCUGCAUGCAAUUGCACAUUGUGUGGGAGGCCUAGCCCUGCAUAUGUCACUCCUGGGAGGCCAUGUUUCUGCAGCUCAUUUUGCUUCUCUCUCGUGCACCAACACUUCGAUGUUCUUCAAGAUCAUAACCUCCUCACUGGUGAAGAUGUGGCUUCCUCUCAUCCCUAUGUCAAUGGCAAUCCUCGGCUCUUACCGAACCAUAUCCAUGUUUGAGACCUCAAAGCAAGGGUGGCGCCACUCUCUCUUAAAAUCUAUAGCAUGCAUGGUCCCGCGCUAUGAGCGAUGUAACUCCAACGAGUGUUCGGCAUUUUCAGGCUUCUUUGGCAACACAUAUUGGCAUGAAAAUAUCACACCCACCAUGCACCAUUUCCUUAACAAAGAGAGCUUGCCUCGAUUACCAAUGGCUGCUUUUCCCCACCUUAGAAAAAUUUGUAUUAAUGGUUUCAUUGUCAACUCAAAAGGCCAAAAUGUAUAUUUGGCUCACCCUGAGAGAAUGGGCCUUCACACUCUGUAUAUUUCUGGGGGUCGAACUCUUCUAGUAACUCCUGAAACUUCAAAUCUUGCGAAUAAGUAUAUGAGGCUGCAUCAACCUGGGUUUGUUCAUAAGAGGGUGGUGGUUGAAGGGUUUGGGCACUCUGAUUUGCUCAUUGGAGAGGAGUCUUAUAAGAGAGUAUUUCCUCAUUUUCUCUCUCAUCUGAAGACGGCUGAAGGAGAAGAAGGGAAGGAUGGAGGGGUGAGAAGUAUAGGGAAGAUUGGGUCAUGGGAGUGUUUGGGUGCAAGGGAUCUGGGUUUUGAAGUUCGGGUUAUUUGUGGUGUAUUAUUUUUGUUUGUUUUGCUUUGCUACUUCUUAUGCUGUUAAUGUAUUAUAUUCUUCAUUUCAUCAAUGUACAUUGAAAUUUCAGGGUGAUGAUUGAUGCCCAUUUCCUCCAAAAGAGUGAAGUUUUCCAUUGAUGAUUGUUAUGUAUUGGUUGGAAGUGGUGUAAUAUAUUUGUUGGAGGUGAAACUAAUUUCCGAGAGAUGGUUGUUUCCCUCCCCUAUCUCUGUUGUGAAGUCUGGAGUGAGAGUUGUUUUGUGGUAUAUUGUUGAAGGUGAAGCCAUGUGGAGUUAAAGAGAUUACUGUUUCCCUUGAGUUAAAGAGAUGACCAUUUCCCUUUCUUUUCUAAAUAAUGUUAGAUGUUGGAGUAAAGCAACAACUGCUCCUGUAAAUGAAGCAGCAUGCUGUCUAACUUGUAGGACAUUUUAUAAACAUAAUGG